AUGGCUACCUUUCUUAGAAGCAACAGAAGUAUCGUUUUGACAGGUGUUUUCGUCACAUUUCUUUUCCUAUUACAAUUAUGUAACGCAAAGGUCGAAAAUACCUCAGAAUACGAAUAUGAUCCCGAAAAAACAAUCGAAGAAAACUUUUUCUCCUAUUCUCAAUUCGGUCUAUACUACUUCCGUCGAAUACACUUUUUUGACAAAUACUUUACAAUCGUCCUCUUCGCAAUCGGCUUUCCAGGAAACUUCAUCUCUUUCCUAGUGUGGUCAAGUAAACGGAUGUACCACGGCAAUUCGGCAGCUGUUUAUCUUGCAGCUCUUUCCCUCAACGACACUGUUGUUCUAGCCAUAGCCUUGUUCCGUGACUUGACAAAAAUAUGGGAUGUACCUUUUUACCCCACGCCCGGUUCGUGUGAGGUGUUGGAGACAAUAACACUCACUGUCCAGUACGCUUCGCCCUUGUUCGUUCUUGCCUUCACUAUAGAACGUUGGCUUGCGAUUUGUCAGCCCUUUAUGGUUUCUCGUAUUUGCUCAGUUCAACGUGCUGUCCGAAUUUGCAUUGGCAUCAUUGUGCUAACACUCCUUGUCUGUUCUCCCAUGGCGUACCUCAUAGGCACCGAUCCACUAGGAUGCCAGCCAAGGUCCUGGGCUGUGUUUCAUUUCACAACUACCCUCGAGAUACUCUAUUCACUGGUCACUCCGCUCUUGGUGCUUACUUUUAACUGCUUAGUGAUCAAUGAAAUGUCGAAAAUCCGGCGUUCUCAGAUGAUGAAAAUGCUUCCCGGAACUAAGAGGAACAGUAGAAGCGGGAGUGACAUGGACGAGGUUGGAUUUUUCCGUCGACUGUUCCGAAAAUCCAGGGAGAGGAGAUUGGAAUCAGGGGUUCCAAUGACGGUGGCGCUAACUAAAGACGCUUACAGACGAAAGACUGAAAUUGACUCUGGUGGCGGGGAUGCGUCGUCGCCCAAGUUCAAGUCAACCACCAUCAUGCUACUGGUAGUCAGCUUCUAUGUGAUUAUUGCAACUCUGCUAGGUGGCCUCUGGUACGUGCUUGACAUCAAAUUCACCAUCGAGGCCUACGCCAAGUGGAAAAAGCGCCAAGUAAGUUCUACCUAA